CAUCGAGGAUCGCGAGCUUUUCUAUACUUCUCAGGGCAACUCGUAAUUCAUCCUCAGAAGUAUCUCCAGCAUCUCUCGUGCACUCUCCACUCUCCUUUCUUCGAACAGUCACUGCUAGAUCGAAACAGGCAGUCAGCAGGAAUGGCUAUGGCAGUGUGCGCAUCCGCCGUGGUGGCCUUGGCCGCCCCCGUCAGCAGCCUGAAGGCUGUGUCGAUGAAGAACACCAAUGUCUCGAAGGCUUUCGGUCUUACCUCCAGCAGGUCCAGGGUUACUUGCAUGGCCACCUACAAGGUUACUUUGAACACCCCCACUGGCCAAUCCGUCAUCGACGUGGACGACGAUGUUUACAUCUUGGACGCCGCUGAAGAAGCCGGACUCUCUCUGCCCUACUCUUGCCGUGCCGGUGCUUGCUCUUCUUGCGCAGGAAAGGUCACCGCUGGCGAGGUCGACCAAGCUGACCAGUCCUUCUUGGACGAUGACCAGAUGGAUGAGGGAUUCGUCCUGACCUGCAUUGCGUACCCCACCUCUGACGUUACCAUCGACACCCACCAGGAAGAAGCCAUCAUGUAAGCAGUAAGAGAGAUUUGAGGUCUUUGACGAAAGCUUCACAGCGCUGCCAUAGACUGGCGUCUUGGAGAAUCUGAGGUUCUGGGAUGAUGGCGGAAGCGGCUGAUCGUGGCGGUUCUCUUCGGGAAGGGUAUAGUCUCAGUGGAUGUUCACUGCAUCGCUCACAAUUUAUUCUCACUCUUGUACAAGUGUUAGCUGGAAGAUUUCUUGGCCUGGGCAUCCAGAGGAGGGUUGGUGACAGUUUCUUUAGGCGGCCACACGAGCCUUCUUAUCGGUCGGAGUGUAAAAGACAAAUGACAGACUCGAUACUGUUAUCUCCCAACUGCACAAUUCAUGGUUGUGGUUAAUAACAGGUGUACUUUUUUUUCACUUUUAUUCGCGCGUUAAAAAACGCUACACAUGAUUUUUGUGAAUCCGCAAAUUGGCUGUCGAUGAAUAUUUCUGACGGACUUGCACAUUAGCUCUGCAAUCUUAUUUGAGGGGAAAGUUUUAAAUAGUAACUUGUGGCGAUAAUAGAUGAACUUAUUGAUUACUGUUGUGAUUGAUAUCUUUAGCUGCUUCUUGAAUGAUGAUGAUGCAAAGUCUGUCUGAGUUUUAUCUGAGCGUUUGAACCCGAGCUGCAAGCACCGUCCUGUGCCAUGUUUCGCAUUGAUACAGAUUGAGGCAAAGGGAGCC